UUGUACUUGAAAUGACUUGUUCCGAUUUCCAAAGAUGACAAUGGUUACUAAUUUGUUGAAAAUAUGGGCGACUAAAGAUGCCUGAGUUAUGUGUAACUGUCUCAUUGUGUUUUUCAUGUCAUUCAGAUCCUCUCUUGGUUAAAGCAGCAAGAGGGGAUCCUGUAAGUCGGCCUCCAGCAUGGAUGAUGCGACAGGCGGGAAGGUAUAUGGCUGUUUACAGAAAGCUCGCAGAGAAAUACCCAUCCUUCAGAGAGAGAUCAGAGACAACUGAUCUCAUCGUGGAAAUUUCUUUGCAGCCUUGGAAGGCUUUCCGUCCGGAUGGAGUUAUUAUUUUCUCGGACAUACUUACCCCUCUACCUGCAUUUGGCGUUCCAUUUGACAUAGAAGAAGUUAGGGGUCCUAUUAUUCAGUCGCCAAUUACUUCCGAAGAGGGCUUGAAGACUUUGCAUCAGAUUGACUUGGAAAAACUGCAUUUUGUGAGGGAGUCCUUGAAAAUAUUACGCAGUGAGGUUGGCGACCGUGCUGCUGUUUUGGGUUUUGUUGGAGCACCUUGGACGAUAGCUACGUAUAUAGUUGAAGGGGGUACGACUCGCACAUAUACAACCAUAAAGAGAAUGUGUCAUACAGCACCACAUGUAUUGAGGGCCCUUCUGUCUCAUUUGGCACAGGCAAUAACCGAAUACAUUGUUUUCCAAGUGGAAUCUGGUGCUCAUUGCAUACAAAUAUUUGAUUCAUGGGGUGGACAACUAACACCUGAGAUGUGGGAGCACUGGUCAAAACCUUAUAUAGAAGAGAUUGUGAGAGUAGUAAGAAAGAAAUGCCCCAAAACACCUCUUGUUCUAUACAUCAAUGGAAAUGGUGGCCUUCUUGAACGUAUGAAAGGAACUGGAGUUGACGUCAUUGGACUGGACUGGACAGUUGACAUGGCAGAUGGAAGGAGACGAUUGGGUAGUGGGAUCGGUGUCCAGGGAAAUGUGGACCCUGCUUACUUAUUUUCUCCUCUUCCUGCCCUUACUGAAGAAAUCCAAAGGGUUGUAAGAUGUGCGGGACCGAGAGGACACAUUCUGAAUCUAGGACACGGUGUUCUUGUCGGAACUCCAGAAGAAGCCGUCGCACAUUUCUUUGACGUCUCAAAAACAUUGAAGUACGAUGCGCCUCAAAAUCAUGCCGUAGAGGAACCGAAACUGGUAGCUUAAGGAAACAAUGAUAAGGCAAAUUCAAGAACUACUACGAAACCUAAACUUGAUGGACUUGAAUUCCGCACGUAAACAUGAUUUCAGUGGUCUUAAUUUUCACUUUGAAUCGAAACCGAUUAGCCUAUGGCCGGGAACCAUUUGCCGGUGUGGAAUGCACUUUUGGUGACUGAGCAAGUUGUUGAGCACUUUUGGGUCACAAAAGCGAGUCUCCACGCUCGUUUUGUCAAUGUGAGGCCUUCUCAUAUCGGAUUCGCGUCGCCAUAGAAGCGCCCUUCUCAGGUUAGUCAACACGAGGCUCUCUUCCUGGAUGCGGCGGCAGGGCAUUCUCCGUUGGGUAAAGGCAACGAUUAAGGAGUAAGGGAUCUUCCCUUUUUCUCAACUUAUUUAUUUGGGCUUUUUUUUUUCCUUAUUUUCAGAGUUUUCCUUCUUUAAUUU